ACCGGUUGGGGCCAAGGAGCGGGGCGGAGGCGCCAGAAGCCAGCCCAGAGAGAAGUGGGUGUGCUGAGACGGGCGGGGCCGGGGGAGGGGACGCCCCGGGCAGGGGAAAAGGGAGCCGACUCGGGUGGGGGCGCCAAGCUGCAAAGGGUGCAGGGCUGUGCUGGGCGCCGCGGAGUUCCAGAGACGGGCAGAGGGCAGAGAGGUGCAGUGCCCAAGCCACCCUCGAGCAGAGGGAGCAGCGUUCAGCGAGCAAACGGGAGCCCUCGGAGACGAGGUGCAGAGAAUCCUGCAAUUCUUCCCCCACCUCAAUUUUUGUGGCUAUGGAGACUACUAAUGGGACUGAGACCUGGUAUGAGAGCCUGCAUGCUGUGCUAAAGGCUCUAAAUGCCACACUUCACAACAACUUGCUCUGCCGGCCAGGACCGGAGCCAGAGCUAGGACCAGGGCUAGACAACCAGACUGAGGAGCAAAGGCCCAGCCUCCCUGGCCGUGAUGACAACUCCUACAUGUAUAUUCUCUUUGUCAUGUUCCUAUUUGCUGUCACUGUGGGAAGCCUCAUCCUGGGAUACACUCGUUCCCGAAAAGUGGACAAGCGUAGUGACCCUUAUCAUGUGUAUAUCAAGAACCGUGUUUCUAUGAUCUGAUGCAAGGUGGCCAGGGAUGGUAGAAGAUCAAGACACUUGAAGAUUGUCAGCUGGGGCCUCCAGAACUCUCCUAUGGACACAACAGACCUCAGGUUCUCUAAGAUCAACAAGAAACAGUGUGUUAAGAGAGGUCAUCGUUUGGGUGAGAUGGGUGGAGCUGGCAGACCUGGACCUGGUGGAUAAGGCUUUUUACAGGCAAAGACAGACUUUAUAAACAGUGGGAGUCCAUGAACAAACAUAUAGAAGUAUGACAAGAUAAUAUCCAAUGACUGGUACAGUGGUUGUGGUACUGGUAGCUGGAGGUUGAAGGAAGAGAAGGGUGAGUUGUAGCAGAGGGAAAUGAAACAGGAAGAUGCUCUAGGGACACUUUUUUUUUUUUAACUUCAACAACCAUGAGAUCAUCCCAUAUCACAGAUAGGAAAUCUGAAUAAUAUUAGUUAUUUUAAUUCACAUUUUACAUUUUACAAACAUAUUUCACAGUUGUGAUUUUACUUUCCCUUCAAAGAAAGUAGAGCAAGUGCCAUGGGCCCCAUUUGGGCCAGAGUGGUGCUAUGAUUAGAACUCAAGAGGUCUGGUCUCCUUGUCCAGAACUUCUCAAAACUCAGAGCCACAAAGGUAUGAAUCCAGAUCUGAAGCCUACACAAUUCUAGGAAUUCUUUUUAAGAAAAAGAAUUCAUAAUUAUCUUGCUUUUUCAAAUAUUACAAAAAUGUAUCUUCAUUUAAAAUGUGGCAAGGGCUCGUCCUAGAACUUUAAGAAGGAGCCUGUAUAAGUGCAGGACCCUGAAUGUUAAGUCUUAUUAACUCUGUGGCCUAUGUGUCUCUUGAGCCACGGCAUAGUGCCCUUCUCAGCCACAUCUGCAGUCAUGAGGUUUUCACUACCUCUGAAGCAGCAUUUUCUACUUUGAUUGAAUUCUGUGAGAAGUUGAGAAGAUUAUUGCCAUAUCUAGGUGAUCAUCAUAUUAAAAGAUACAGAGUGUGAUAGGCAAGGUACAUGGUUCAGUAGGAGAACCAGCCCCGACUCUGGCACUAAUGUGGUGUAUAACCUCAGGCUGGACACCUCUCUGGUUCUUUUUCUUAUUUACACAAUGAAAUAAUUAGACUUGGAAGUCUUCAAGGGAGCCUAUCAGUUCUGACCUUCAUAUACAUUAGCUUGAACCAUAUAAAACCGCUGUGUUUGUAGGUCCAAGAUAACGGAAUAGUUUCACGUGGUUCAAUCUAAUUCAUGCAGUGUGAGAGUAAAUUCGUUACGAGUCAUUUCCCCAAAUCCCAGACAGGAACCACCCACUGUUUCAUUUGUCUGAUUUCAUUUUACGAGAUCUCUAUGUUGUCCCCAGCAGGCCUCAUUGUAACAUACAUAUUUGUUGUAUAUAGCAAAACUUUGAAAGAAUAUUUUAUAGCAGUUAUCUCUGUGGAA